AUGGCACAGUUCCUGUUCGAGGCGGAACUGCACAGGCUGCUGAAGCUGGACACGCUGAUCCCGAACGCGCCGCCUGCGCGAUGGCAGCGCAAGGCCGAGGAGAGCGGCCCCGGGCCCAGCCCCGUCGGCGUGUCACCCAUGAAGCCGGUCAAUCCCUCCCACAGCUACGGCAAGAUGCUGUCCAAGAUACCCGGUGAGCGCCCGGGUAAAUCUGGAUCCAAAAUUCAAAGCUACCCCACAAAGGCUGGGGGGGAUCGCUACAUUCCCAAACGCAGCACUAUGCAGAUGGAGAUGGCAAAUUUCCUCCUAACCAAAGAGAAUGACCCUGCUGAGGAUUCCCCUACCAAGAAGGAGCAACAGAAAGCCUGGGCAGUGAAUCUGAAUGGUUUUGAUGUAGAAGAGGCAAAGAUCCUCCACCUCAGAGGAAAAGCACAGAAUGCUCCAGAAGGCUAUCAGAAUAACCUGAACGUGCUCUACAAUCAGAAAAUGGCACCUGGAUUCAGCAGGAAGAAGAGCAGAUAUAUUCCCUCAAAUCCAGAAUGGGUCUUGGAUGCACCAGAGAUCCACGACGACUACUAUCUGAAUCUCAUAGACUGGAGCUCCCAGAACUUCCUGGCAGUGGCUCUGGACGACACCGUUUAUCUGUGGAGUUACGGUACCAGGAAGCUUACCCCCCUGCUGCAGACGGAGCAUCCAGAUAUUUACAUUUCUUCUGUGUCAUGGAUUAAAGAUGGAGACUACCUUGCUGUUGGCACACGUAGUGCUGAGGUUCAGCUAUGGGACGUUCAGCCGCUGAGAUGUCUCCAAACCAUGACCAGCCAUUAUGGCCGUGUGGGGGCCCUCAGCUGGAACAGCUACAUCCUCUCCAGUGGUGCACGGACUGGGCACAUCCAUCACCACGAUGUCCGAGUGGCUGAGCAUCACGUGGCCACCCUUGCUGGCCACACAGAGGAGGUGUGCGGACUCAAAUGGUCUCUGGAUGGCCGCUACCUGGCCAGUGGUGGCAAUGACAGUCUGGCGAAUGUCUGGCCAUGCACCCAAGGUGGGGAUGGCAACUUUGCUCCUCUGCAGACCUUCACUCACCACCAGGGUGCUGUCAAGGCUGUGGCGUGGUGCCCAUGGCAGAUGAAUGUUCUAGCCACUGGAGGUAGCACUAUUGACCGACAUAUCUGCAUCUGGAACGUGUGUUCUGGCGACCGCCUCAGUGCUGUUGAUAUUUGGUUUAAAUGCUGUACAGUAUUUUAA